CCGAGUGAGCGGUCGCAGCUGCGCGCGAGAAUCCAACGCCUACUAGUGUGGCGGACAGCCUCACUUGGACACGCUGGCUCUGCGCUGGCGUUCGGCCGGCCCGAAGGACCGGAAGCGUGGGCGUCCGGCGGCGGCGACGCUAGGGGCGGACGGAAUGGCGGUGCGGAACUACGCCGCCUGGCCGCCGGCACCACCCACGCGGGGCCCGUCCAGCCUCGGAGCCACGCAGCGCCGCAUGCCCGACAUGAUCCGGGCACUGCCGCCGCACGUCUUCGACAGCCUGCCGGAGACGCGCGUCGACCCCGCCGAUGGAAGUGUUGUGCGCCGUCGUGGGAUGCCGGCUGCACCGGAGCGCCGAGAUCCCCAAUCUUGCCACACAGGGAGGUACCAGUCGCCCCUCCAGGCCUACGAAGCGGUCCUCCGCCAGGAAUGCGCUGAGAGCGCCGUGUUCGGCGUUCUUAACACUCCAAGAUGCCAGCGCAAGGCCACCUACCAUGGCCGUGCCACGGUCACCUACCAGGAACGGGAGGACCUGACAGUUCGCCGAGACGAUCACAGCUCCGCGGAGUCUCUGGAACAGCGCAGCCUGUCGGCGGCAACGUACAGUGCCCUCCAGGAAUACCGCCGGCCUAGGCUGUCGGCCGCUGACUAUAGGAGCCGCAGCUUUGUGGACCACAACGGUGGACAGCACCACGCUGGACAGAACUACACGUGCUGCUUUCGAGAGCACGCUUCGUGCUGCGACCGGCCUCCAUCGCUCUGGAGGAUCGGUCAGCAGAGGACGCUUGAAGACGAAGACUGCGAUCUCCAGUCUGCACCUGUGACUCACUGCGUCAACCCGAAUGUGCGUGUGUCGAGACAGGUACUAAGCGAUAACUUCCAGGACUUCUGUCAGACGAUGCUGGCAUCCGAACGGCAGGUGCCCGAGCAGCAGCAGUCGCGAGUACCAGCCGCCGUCGUCCAGUCGCCUUCCAAGCCUCAACAGGUCGCCUUCCGGCUGGGAAGCAAGGACUCGCCCCGGAGAAGGUCACUCUCUAGUUUGAGCAGGACUUCCAUUGUGCAAGAGGUGCUGAAGAAGAUGUCUAGUCAAGCAGCUGCGAUGCCGCCCGCAUCUUCGAUGAUGGCGCCAGCGAUCAACGAUCUUCCUAACGCUGUCGAUAAAGAGACAGGCCUCGAUGCCCUGCAAGUCAUCCAGCAGUUGGACUUGUCCAUCGCGGGCGAUCAAGAAGUCUUCGUGGACGGUCCUCCGCCACCGGUGUUUCCAAAGCCAGCAACUGACUCUCGGCAUGUGCCCCCUUCCGAAGCAGUUUCCAACGGGACGUGCCAGCAUGCGGUGGACUCCGAAGUGCAGAAUGACAACCUUAUUGAGGAAGUCUGCUUUCCGGGCUCGAACAAGAAGUCCUACGUGGCCUUCGGCACGGCGCAGCAGACAGCGCCGCCUGGGGAGACGACCGCGGAGUUGAAUGGCUAUGCAGUCACGGAAAGGCGAGACGCCUUGUUGGGCAGAAACAAUGAGCUUGAGAUGGACAUGGGCGUUGGCGACGCGAAAUCACCAGCAGCCACCGUCGGUAAAGCGCUCUCAGAAACGGGAGACAUCUGUGUUAUGCCAGUGGACGAGUGCCAGCUGGGCCGUAGUGACACGGCGGACAGCGGUGUGGCGAGCAGGCCAGAGUCGGGCAGCUGCUCGCACUUCGUGGUGGUCGCCAUCGACUUCGGCACCACGUACAGCGGCUACGCGUUCAGCUUCACAAGGGACCCCGACAACAUCCACAUGAUGCGCAAGUGGGAAGGCGGCGACCCGGGCGUGGUGAACCAGAAGACGCCGACCACGCUGCUGCUGAACCCAGACGGAGAGUUCCACUCGUUCGGCUUCACAGCCCGCGACGUGUACCACGACCUCGACGCGCAUGAGGCCAAGCAGUGGAUGUUUUUCGAGAAGUUCAAAAUGACGCUUCAUAGCAACGAGAACCUGAGUCGUGACACGGAAAUCCGGGCGGCCAAUGGGCGGCCCAUGGCGGCGCUGACGGUGUUUGCGCACGCGCUACGCUACUUCCGCGACCAGGCGCUGAAGGAGCUGAGCGAGCAGUCGGCCACCGUCAUCCUGCCGGACGACGUACGCUGGGUGGUCACCGUGCCGGCCAUCUGGCGACAGCCCGCCAAGCAGUUUAUGCGCGCCGCCGCAUACAAGGCGGGGAUUGGCUCCCCCGACUUCCCGGAGCAGCUGAUCAUUGCACUGGAGCCCGAAGCGGCAUCCGUGUACUGCCGAAAGCUGCGCAUGCAUCAACUAGUGCCCGAGGCCCCCCCUAGAGUUCACCUGUUCCGAGAGGCAGCGCCCGAACUGAACACCGAGCCCGCCGUCGACGAGAAGCCAGACAUGCAUAUCCUACCUCCCUUGCGCUCGGAAGUUAUCGAGGAUUACCUUUACGGAGGCACCAAGUACAUGGUGGUAGACUGCGGCGGCGGCACGGUGGACAUCACAGUGCACGAGCUGCACGACCAGCACGGCACACUCAAGGAGCUGCACAAGGCGACAGGGGGACCGUGCGGCUCGCUGGGCAUCGACCGCGAGUUCGAGCGCCUGCUGCGCGCCAUCUUCAGCACCGACUUCAUUGACCAGUUCAAGUUGAAGAGGCCCGCUGCCUACGUCGACCUCAUGGUGGCCUUCGAGGCACGCAAGCGCAACGCCACACCCGACAAAGACACACCGCUCAACAUAUCGCUGCCAUUCUCCUUCAUCGACUACUACAAGAAGUGCAAGGGCACCACCGUGGAGCAGGCCAUCAAGCGCUACGGCAACAAGGAAGUGAAGUGGUCGUCACAGGGCAUGCUGCGCCUGGAGCCGGCGGCCAUGCGCGAACUGUUCCGCCCCACGCUGGCACGCAUCAAGGAACACAUUGGCAGUGUGCUCGGGGACCCACACUUGGGCGCCAUCCACUACCUGUUCCUGGUGGGGGGCUUCGCUGAGUCGCAGAUGCUGCAGAAGGAGUUGCGCGAGGCCUUCACACCUCAUACGAGGGUCAUCAUUCCACAGGGCGUGAGCCUGGCCAUCCUGCGAGGUGCGGUGCUAUUCGGCUUGGACCCAAUGGUGGUCAAUGUGCGCCGAUCACGGCUGACCUACGGUGUGGGUGUGCUCAACCGCUUCGUGCAUGGUGUUCACCCCCCAUCCAAGCUGGUCGUCAAGGACGGUAUCGAGUGGUGCGCUGAUGUGUUCGAUGCCUUCGUGCUGGCCGACCAGUCCGUGGGACAGGGUGAUGCUGUGGUGCGCAGUUACACACCCGCAAAGAGUGGACAGACACGCUCCAUCAUUCACGUCUACUGCAGCGAAUGUGAUGAUGUGCGCUUCAUCACCGAUCCGGGCGUCGUUCGUUGUGGCACACUCGUGCUCGAUUUGUCAGACACAAGGCACACACCACUGCGGCGACGCGAAAUACAGGCACGCAUGGUGUUUGGCGAGACUGAGAUCAAGGUCAGUGCCCUGGAUGUCGCUACACAGAAGUGCGUCCGAGCUGACAUCGACUUCCUCAACCAGUGAAAUGUGCUGACCCAUGCCAGAAGCGGCAUUGCACGCACAGACUGAUGCUUCACAUCUGCGAAACCAAAGCCACUGCUUUCAUUUCACCAAGAGCCACAUCAGCAAAAAAAGAAAAAAAAAAGAAGAAAUAGUUUUAUUGUGUUUCUGCUACUGUGGAUUCAAAAGAUGUCAACUUUCGACUGCACUUGCUUACAAUAGCGGAUCUAAAUAGAUGGCAUUUUGCAGCAAGGCCUGAGUAGCUGCUUGGUAGUGGUGCACCCUCAGUUCCAUUCUAGCUUAAGCUAGUUUCUCAAUAUGGAAAGUGAGCGUCAAAAGAGUCACACAGCCUGUCCAUUUGUUGAGUGCUAAUGCCCAGUUUUUGUGGGAAGCUUGUGAACAGUAGGAGGCAAUUACCAGAAAGCACAGGGUACAAUAUUCUGGCAAUGGAGUUCAGUAAAGUGGCACUCUAUAAGUGCAUGAUGAGUCUGACAAGUAACGACAAAUCUUUAGCACCCAAUGCUGCAAAAAAAAAUUAUCUGGCACAAUAGUUCAGCCUACUAGACUGAACAAUUAAUCUACACUUAACAUGUAAUCCAUAACAACAUGAUUCCAUACAGAGGCAACACAAAGGCACUAGAAAGGUCUAUCCCUCGCCAACAAUUUAUAAUCUUCUAUUUAAAAUGAAGAAAGUGCCAGAUCACACAAUGUAAAAGGGAAAACAAAAGCAACACGAAGCUACAGAGGAAGUCUCACAGGUUCUGCCAUAAGAAAAGCUUCUGAUCACACCCAGCACCUUUCUGAUUUACUGCAUAUUAACGCAGGCUACACUGCAUAUUAACGCGAUAGCAUGAGAGAGCUCAUUUUGCAGAAAUUUCAGCGUCGACGUCGUUGGUUGUGAGCGAAAAAUCAGCAAUGUCCGUGAGCAAAAAUUCGAGAUAAAUGCAAAUAAAUAAAUAAUAAAAAAUAUUUCGUUCGAACUGGAAUUGAACCCAGGUCUUCUGUGUGGCAAGUAGGUGUUCUACCACAGAGCCAUGCCAGUGCUUGAAACUAUCCCGAAAAAAAAAAAAAACCUAUACGAAUGGCAUGUAGCGCGAUGAGUCUCCUUAACGCACGUAAUAUUGCAUGGCAGAAGCGCAGAACUGAACCAGGUGUCAAAAUAUGUGAAUUGUGCAACGAGUGAGUGGUUUAAUGGCCCACCCAUUACAAAGCGUUCAGGUACAUAUAGUCAUGCCAUCAUGACAAACAACAUCAACAAAGUGUGAAAGUGUGCGUGUUGCCUUGCAGACCUGUAGUGGGUACAUCGCCAAUACGCAAAAGGAAGAAUUAUGGCGUAGUGGGCACUUCACAACUCUACUUGCAAUAGGCAUUCUAGUAGAGUUUGAUAUGGCCAGUGUUAGGUGUGAAGACGCUCCUUUCCUUGCGACACAGUUGAGGCGUCCACAGAAGCCAGCCUAGUGAUCGUGAGGGCAAUGGAAACGGGGCGUGAUUAUGCUAUCGUGUUCUAUCCUUGAAGGCGAAGCUCAAGCGUUCUCCAAGUUUUUUCGCUACUGAAGUUGCUUAUUCAAUAAUUAUUUACCAGAAAUGUGGCACAGCAAUAGAGGAGCAAUGAUAGAAGCAACAUGCACAAGCAAACUACAGUUCUGAUAAAUAAUCAUGCACCAAUUAGCCCAGCAAUAAAUAUUAUUCAAUAAUAUCUGCACUAAACUGAUAUUCCAGAUAGUACAAAGUGCAGCACCCAGUAUAUUAUAAAAAUGCCUAUUGAAGAACAGUACUUAGGGAUGCAAUACAGUGAGUGCUCUGUACUCCAAACAUUGAGCCAGCAGCUUAAGUUAAAUAUUGAUAACAGUGAAAUAUAUACUAACCUAAGCAAAUAUUUCAACCAAGCAGCUACGAUCCUUGCAGUAAAAAAAAACACAAUUUAAUGCUCUCGACUUGACUGGUGUGCAUGUUGAACAGUGUUUAUUUUUGCAGGAAGAAAACAAAAUUUCCCUGCAGGAAGUAAAGACUAAAAAGCUGGACAAGCUCUUGACUCCCUGAUGCCUGCAUCAGUAGACAUAACACCAAAAAGGCUAUUAACUAUGCUGAAGAAACUAAAGGAGAGCAAACUUGCUUAGUCCUGUACUGGACUGCUUGCUUUGCAGAAAUCUUAUGAACAGUAUAGUACACCAAUGUUUAUUGUCUUUACAAUAUGUUUACAUUCACAGCAUUUCCUGCGUCAGAAGCCAUGAUAAGUCACCUUCCUUAUCACACAAAUCAUCCUCAUUUCAUGUUUCAACCUUAAGAACUGUACAUAAUGUCCAUAAGAUCAGGAAACCUGCAUCUUGCCACGGCAGCACAGCAUACUGGAUGACCAUGCAAUUCAAGUGUCAUGACGAGGAACACAAUAUUUUUGGUCCAGUGAGAACAACAACAGCGAACCUAAUCAAAAUCUGGGAUGUCAUCAAAUGUAUAGCCUGGAUACUUCUUAUAAGCAUAGUAUGCAAUGCGUACGUGAUAAGCACCAGGGAUGAACAUAAGGGCUCCCAGAACAAGAACUGGCCAGCUGCUGUCAUCAUACUGAAAAGGAAAUAUGCAGAAACAAUGUGCAAUGCACUUAAGUGCUAUUAGAAAUGUUUGCAGUAAAAGACUGAUCAUUUCUCAUGAUUAUCUUCAAUUGAAAUGUAUGUAAGAAUAAAUGUUAUGCUGCA